GUUGUUUAUUUUUCCUCCAUCAGCGAGCAGCAUCACGGACAAGGCCGAGCAUCCGCGCUGGAGCAUCACUGGCCGCCGCCGGGUGGGGAUGCUCCUCGGCCUUGCCUGUGAUGCUGCUGGACACAACAAGCGCUUAUUUACUCAUCGAGAGCUAUUUUAUUAGAAAUUUACAUUAUAAACACAUUUAAACCACAUCCUGCGUGCUAUCAUUGAUGCGCGUCCACCAUUUUACGCAUUUCGGACAAAUAGAAAUCAAGAGAGCGCGCAAUUCACAUCCUCUGGUCUAAAUGCAUGUGUGUUUGUAUUGUUAUCACACAGCCGUGUUUUUGAACAAACAUUCAUUAAUGUUCAUAGGCACGCUUGUUCUCGUUCGUGGCGCGCUGUCAGUCCGCUCUAUGUGUUUAUUAUGAUGGCGAUGGAUUAUAUAACAGCAGCUCAAUAUGACACGAAAGCCGCUGCUUCAUUGUGGUUAUUGUAAUUUGUCAUGUUAAUUGCUGUCACAUCCUUGUGUGUGUGUGUGUGUGUGUGUGAUGCCCAACCGUGUCCGCCAUUGUUUUUGUUGACAUUGCUUUGGGUGGCUUCUGUUGUUUAGACAUCUCGUUUUUCCUAACGACGGGAAUUAUGCAUCUGUUUUAUUCGACGUGUGUCAAAAUGAGCCUCUUCUGUAAAUAAUAUGUUGUUGUUUUAUUUUUUUUAAAUCAUUUUGAUGUUUCUUCUUGACUUGAAGUCAAAAAGGUCUUUGUUGUGAAACUGGGGAAUAAAAGGUUAUUUUGUUAUAAUAUUUUAUUAUAAUUUCUUUAAAAAGGAACAAUUUUGUUUUAAAAUAUUAUUAAUAUUUAAUAAAAACAAAAUCUGUGUGGUGUAAUCAAUGUGCAGGAAGCCAUUUUGUUGUCAUGUGACAAGAAAAACAUAAAAUAGAGGACUGCUUCAGACCUUCAUGACUGCGUCAUUAAAAAUAUCACAUUUUGUCCUUUUUAUGAAAUGGCACGCUUGCUUUUCACAUUAAGAAAAUGUCGAUAUUUUGACUUUAACAAAUUGUUCUUAAAGGAUAUUGCUUUAAAUUUUUAUUACUUCUAUUGAAAAAAGUGAUCAAGUAUAUCAUCACAAAUAGUCUGCAAGGAAAGCAUUUUAGUGCUUUUUUAAUGUCAUUAACAUUAAAAUAUUUGUAGAAGAUAGUCAAAAUGUAUUAAAUGAUGAAUGCAACGAUUAUGUUUUCUAAAUGUCAGUGCAUUGUGUUCGAACCCUAAACAUUUAGUUGCAUGUGUAAAUUAUUCCUUUCCUGGCAUCCUGAGUGCACAUUGUUACUUUGGCAGAUGUCAUGGUUUUUUUCUUUUUUUUUCUUCAUUGUACAGUGUGAUUUCAUGUAUUGUUAAUUUAAGAGAGGGAAGUUGUGGAUUAUGGAGGACUCAUGCAUACACCGCAGCAACUAGAGAAGCAGAGAUGUUUGAAGAUUUCUUUUCUGAGGCAUUGAUGUGGAUUCCAAGGUCUGAUGCUAAAUAAAAUAAAAAUAAAAAAGUCUAAUAUUUUAAGUGAUUUUCAGGUCAUUGCAAGAUUGAUUUGGAAGUUUAAGGGUUCAGCAGUUGAGUUCUUCAUUCAUUCUCAGGCUGAGUCACUACUGGAGUGUCUGAAGGGUCGCGAGAGAGAGAGAGAGAGAGAGAGAGAGCGAGAGAGUGAAAGUGAAGGAGGAGGCUGAGACGUUACAUCACAACGUGGCAAAGAAAGUGAGAGGAAGAGUGUGAGAGAACAGGAGAGCAGAGCGAGACGGCCGUAAGGGAGAGCGAGGGAACGGGACAGAACCGCCAGCAGGAAGUCGAGCACUGGGCUGACCCUUGAACUCUGACCUCAGAGCCAACAUGAACGACCAGAACAUAGUGAAAGAGGGAUGGGUGCAGAAGAGAGGUGAAUACAUUAAGAACUGGAGACCGCGGUACUUCCUGUUAAAGACGGAUGGGUCGUUUAUUGGCUAUAAAGAGAAGCCGCAAGAUGCAGAUCUGGCGUAUCCACUCAACAACUUCUCUGUGGCCAAGUGUCAGCUGAUGAAGACGGAGAGACCGAAGCCCAACACCUUCAUCAUCAGGUGUCUGCAGUGGACCACUGUGAUCGAGCGCACGUUUCACGUGGACACGCCUGAAGAGAGGGAUGAGUGGGUCGAGGCCAUUCAGAUGGUGGCAGACAAGCUGGCCAAACAGGAAGAGGAAGGAAUCCUGUGUAGCCCCAUCUCUCAGAUCGAAAACGUCAACGAGGAAGAGAUGGAUACGUCAACCAGUCAUCACAAACGAAAGACAAUGAAUGACUUCGACUAUCUGAAGCUGCUGGGUAAAGGCACGUUUGGGAAGGUGAUUCUGGUGCGAGAGAAAGCCAGUGGCACAUAUUAUGCAAUGAAGAUCCUGAAAAAGGAGGUUAUUGUUGCCAAGGAUGAAGUUGCUCACACGCUCACCGAGAGCAGAGUUCUGAAGAACACUAGGCAUCCGUUUCUAACUUCACUGAAAUACUCCUUUCAGACGAAGGAUCGUUUAUGUUUUGUUAUGGAGUAUGUGAACGGAGGAGAGCUGUUUUUUCAUUUGUCGAGAGAGCGCGUAUUUUCAGAGGAUAGAACCCGUUUCUACGGCGCUGAGAUUGUUUCUGCGUUGGAUUACUUGCACUCUGCGAAGAUUGUUUACCGUGACCUGAAGCUGGAAAACCUGAUGUUGGAUAAGGACGGUCACAUAAAGAUCACUGAUUUUGGCCUGUGUAAGGAGGGCAUCACAGACACGGCCACCAUGAAAACGUUCUGCGGGACCCCGGAGUAUCUGGCCCCUGAGGUAUUGGAGGACAAUGAUUACGGGAGAGCGGUGGACUGGUGGGGUCUGGGAGUCGUUAUGUAUGAGAUGAUGUGUGGACGCCUUCCCUUUUAUAAUCAGGACCAUGAGAAGCUGUUUGAACUGAUUCUGAUGGAGGAGAUCAAGUUUCCCAGAACCCUCUCUGCAGACGCCAAGUCUUUACUGUCUGGAUUACUCAUCAAAGACCCCAAUAAGAGGCUUGGAGGAGGCCCGGAUGAUGCAAAGGAAAUCAUGAGACACAGUUUCUUCACUACGCUGGACUGGCAGGACGUCUAUGACAAAAAGCUGGUACCACCGUUCAUGCCGCAGGUCUCGUCUGAAACGGACACCAGGUAUUUCGACGAGGAGUUCACCGCGCAGACCAUCACCAUCACCCCUCCGGAGAAGUACGACGAGGACGGGAUGGACUCGGCUGACAGCGAACGGAGACCACAUUUUCCACAAUUCUCGUAUUCGGCCAGCGGGCGGGAGUGACGUCAUCGAAUAACGCCGUUUAAGGAGCCCCGUGUAGCCAUGCUAGAAAGAGCUCCCCCUCUCUCCUCCUCCUCCUCCUCCGUUUAGUCAUAGCGAGUCGUUUUUGUUGCUUUCUGUUCAUUUUUUGUGGGACUUAAAAGGGGUUUUGCACAGUUGGGUGAGACUUGAGCUGGUCGACCCACAUUAAAAAGUCUUGUACACUUUCAGCUUGUUGUUUACAGAUCAUGGACAGUGUUUUUGGGGGGGAAUAUGAUCAGUAUUGUUGAAGACCUGGAGCGUUUUUGUUUUUUGUUUUGCACUCCUUUAAAAGAGCCGUUGUGGGGAACAAACCAAAAAUGUUGCCUUAUGUGUGUGGAUCUCAUCAGACAGACAGACAGACAUGUAGUUAGACGCAGCAGUAGAUCUGUUCCUGUGAGGCUCACAAAUUUCAUUUUGUUCUUGCAUUUUUAGCAUACACACACACACACACACACACACACACACACACACACACACACACACACAUACUCUGUCUGAGGCGUUGAAGAGUUUUGUUCCUUGUUCGUGCUUUCGUUAAAUAAUGAAAACGGAGAAAGUGGGGAAAAUGGACUCUGGUGUUAAUAUUUGCGUUUCUCUUUUAGUUUUAUCCUCAUACUCUGAUAUGAAGGUUUCAGUUCAAAUACACAACCAUACAACAAACUGCCGUUACUGUAAAGGUCUCUCAGGCAAUUCAGAGCACAAGUGUGAAUCUCACGAAACCCGCCAAGAACAUGCCUGCGUCGUAUUUCACUGCAAAUCCAUAAAGAAAAAAAAAAAAAAAUCUGAUUUUGCACGAGGAAAAUUUAGCAUAUUUUUGGAAUCAUUUCGAUGUUUUGCACUGCAACAUUUUCAUGAGUUUUCAGAUAAAUUCUCAUCAGCGUAAUGCAACAAAAAUCUCACAUAAUAUAAAAAUAUUAUUCGAAUGUUAUCUAAAUAAUAUCAUUUAAAUAACAUUCAAAUGUUAUUUAAACAGGAGAAAGAUUUAGGUAUUUUGGUAACACUUUACAAUAUGGUUUUAUUUGUUUACGUUAAUACACAGUAGUUAACGUGAACUAACAAAAAAUAAUAGUUAUACAGCGUUUACUAAUCUUCGUUCAUCUUAAUUUUAGCAUUACCCAGUACAUUUUUAAUGAACAAAUUAUUUUUGUUAACAUUAGUUAAUGCACUGUGAACUAACGUGAACUAACAAUUCAUUUUUAUUAACUGACAAAGAUUAUUAAAUGUUGUUAAAAUAUAUGGCACACUGUUAGUUCGUGUUAGUUGGUAAAUUAACUAAAGUUAACAAAUGAGACCUUAUUGUUGUUAAGUGUUACCAGUAUUUAUAUGUUGUUGGUAUUUGUUGUUCUGAGUUUAAAAUAAAUCAAAUAAUAAUAUAAAUUUUGUAAUAGUAUUUUUAUCAUAUGUAGUGAAAUGUUAAUGGAAAUAAAAAAAUUAGCAAAAAGUAAUGGGAAUUAAAAAAAAAAAAAACUGCAAAGUAAAUUACAGGAGUAAUUAAUUACAACUUUUUUUUGUGCAUUAUGGUAAUGAGAAUUUAUGCCAUAAUUGUCAAUGUGCAAAAAUCAAAAUAGCCCUAUUUUUUUUAAUCUAAAUUCUAAUUUCAUAUUUUUUGAUUUUUGGUGUGAAAUACGACCUGCGCAUGUUUUCGUGAGAUUCACCCACAAAUCUACCCACCGACGUGGUGAAGCCUGCCCAGAUAUGACUUCUAUGGCUUUGUCCUGAACCCCUCACCUCUGACACACUCUCCAGAACCGAGGCGCGUUCAGGACAGCAGCGUGAAGGCUCAUGCUGGGCGGCGCUUCACCUUUACUGUACAGAGCUACAGGUGUGUGUCUCUCUCAGCAGCACAGAGAGAGACGAUCAACCACUGACCCUCACUUCUCACCACACAGAGAGAAAACCUAAUGUUGGACUAUUCCUGAAGAUGUAAAUACAAACCUCUCGCUCUCUUUUUACCGUUACGUUACCAUUAUUUGAUUUUAUUUUUUUGCAUAAAGAAGUUACGACUGUCUCCAUAGCUGUGGAAAUCUUAUGGACGUGUGAUGUCUGCGUUUGGAAUCAAUACCAAGUCAGCUCACAGACUCAUUAUAUGUGCAACUGAGCCAUGCAAUAGCAGUGUGAAUGACCCCUGACCUUUGACCCCCAGCCAUCCUGUGUGUGAUGUACAGAUGCAAUGCCUUCUGUUAUGCGUCACGGCCCGAGACAACCGUUAUCUUGUGACUAAAGUGAAAAAAUAUGAAUUGAAAAAAGACACGGAUUCAUUGGAGGAACGUGUAUCGUGUGGGUGUCUCCAUAGAGAAGACUUGCUAUGGUUUCAAUCCCAUCCUGUUUGUACCUGAUCCAGUGAACGUUUUGGAAAACUGCCGGUAUUCGUUGCGGUUCUUCAUAGCGAAUGAUAUGAGUGUGUGUGAUUGUUCGUUAAACUUUCAGUUGUUAUUUUCACACGCUGUGACGCAUUCGGUCGGCUAACGGGAAAUCCUCUGCAGAUUUUCUAAUGUUGUUCCGAUGACUGAGGUUUUUUUUUUUUUUGGUUUGUUUCAGCGUAUUUUUGUACUAUAGAUGUAAUUUAGUUGUAUUUAUUUUCGUAUGUUGGGAUGAAGGACGCUGUCGGCCACGUUUAUUAAGUGCUCUCUCUCCCUCAUUAUUUUUUAUACCUUUCCUUUAGUCGUUUGCCUGUUUUGUUUUCAUACCAAAACACUAGGGCAAGUACCUGUAGAGGACUUGCAUUGCCAUUUGGUAGUAUUUAUUUUAAGUUAUAUUAAAAUGUUCAAAUUUC